UUUUUUUUUCUUUUUUUUCUUUUUAUUAAACAAAAAGAAAUGAAAUUAAUCUACGGCUAUGAAAUAAGUAAAUAGGAUUUAUGAAGCUAAAUAUUUUAAUUUCUAAUUUUUUUUGUCUAGAUGAAUUACCCGGUCAAGUUGGCCAUGUUGUCUGUCCACCUCUCUUAUCUUCGAAAAUUACAGUUUCAAGUGCUAAUAAUACGAAUCGUUGGAUCUUUUAUGGUACUCGUAGACAAAUUCUUGAUUGGAUUCGAGAACAUUCAGAUAUCACACUUGAAUCGGCUAUCUUUAUUGGUGGGAAACAAUGCAAAAAUGAUGCUCAUUCUGAACUGAUAAUCGAUCUUGGAUAUGUGUAUGACCAAGAACAAAGUUAUAGUGAUUAUAUCAAAUCUUAUUUUGUAGAUAUUUAUGAAGUUGAACGAGUCAAAUGCGAAAUUCGACCUCGAAUUGAUUCAAAAGAUAAUAUGAUUCCUUCACUAAGCCGAGUUGUUGUAGCUAAUGGCUGUCGAUUAGGAGACAUAGUAGAUGAUUUAGAGAUUGAAUGGUAUAAACCUGGAGAUUCUUAUGUUCGACAAGCAAUUCAAUUGUUUACAGAUGCACCUACACCAAGUCAUAUUCUAAGUGCAAAGCCGCCUUCUUCAAUUCAAGUAGCUACAACUACAACAAAUAACCCUACUUCAACUUUAAAUACACCUAUGCCAACAGAAAUAGAGUCAUCUGCUCACUGAAACAUACCAUUGUUAUAAUAAAUAAGCUUUUUUUUUUGUUUU